CCGGCUUGGCAGUCUCAUUUGAGCGAACGUGAUAAAAAGCAACAAUGCGACGUCGAUUUAUCUUCAAGAUACAACGGAGUUUGACCGACUUCUUUAAAUAAGAAAAAGUGAUAUUCAAACGGCGACUGUCCUCGAUCGAAGAUAGCAGAGACAUUUAGCAGAGUUGUGGGUAGUCCUGAAGAAAGAAUCGACUUCUACCUUGCACGUGAAAUAAACAAUUGCACCGUAUACAGCGUGCUGUUACGAACUUCAAAUAAGAGGAAUCGAUGAUAACUGGAAUUUCUUCUUUAUGAAAACAAUUCGGGUCGAGUGGUUCGAAAUGGCGCAGCGUUUGAAGUGAAUUCACGCCUCGCGAAGAACCACUUGGAUUAAUCAGUUUUAAGAUUACCGCUGAAGUACGCUUCACGGGAAAAGAAGGGCAACAAGUGAUUCGAUCGGAUACUCGCGAUGGGCCGGAAGCACAAACGCCGUCUGAUACCGGAACAGGAUCGCAGGAUAUGCGGCAGUAUCUGCUUCUGUCAGUUUACAAUUGUCAUCAGCUGCGUAGCGCUUGUUUAUCUGAGCGUGGCAAUCUACAUGCCGUCCCACAGAGCCUUUCACGCUGGGAUCGAUCCGGAUCCAGUCAUGUGCCAAACCAUUAACACCACCUUAGCUAAUAAUUGCGGCUGGGCGAGUUGCGGGGAGUGGUGCUUAACAAGGACCACCGGAUUUUGCCCUCAGAUACACGCAACCGUGAGGAGGAAUGGAACAGACAUCGUUUUCGAGAACUGUACGAAAUUCAACAGUAUAGCCUGUCCACAGGUGAACAUAGCUUCCUUGAAAAAAUACAACUGCAACAACGGCAGCGAGUGCAGCGUACUUUCUGGAGUAUUCGACUGCAAUCUCGGCCACUGUGCCAACAUAAGUGAGCUGAUGCUGUGCCAUCACAAGGCAGACGGCAUUGUCGUCGACAGCGAGAAAGACAACGUUAAGCUGAACGGAUACUUCAGCUGCCAGAGCUCCAGAUGCACGAAGAUCAAGUACGCGUUCAGAUGCGAUCGCUAUUGCCCGAAGAUCAGCACGUCCGACGUGAACGUGUUUCUCAUGCAAGACGACAACAUCAUCACUGCGAAAUGUACUCGCGGCCUAGCCCUGAAUACGGCACAUGGGAAUUUACCUGGCACAAGGCUGGCCACGCCUCUGAAAAUUUGGGACGACCGAAAUGGAAGCAUCGUCGCCAGCUGUAUCGCUGUCACCAAAGACAAAAAAAUCGUGAGGACGGAGGAUUGCGUCAACGGUACCUUGUUAAAGGAAAUCCCGGUGCCCCAGCCGUACAUCAACUUUACGAGCUUUCUGACUAUAUAUGAGAAGAGCUUGCAGAAUCCUCUGGAUCCAACCGACGCCUACGUGCCAGCGCAGCGAUCGCUCACGAUCUACAAUAAUUCGCGUCUUUAUAUAAACCUGGAAGGUUGUGUCAACACACUUAAAGGGGAAUGUAAAGAGUUUCUUGCCACUCACGGACGGGAUGGCGUGAAUCAAACGGCCCAGAGUCGAUAUCCCUGCUACUACAACAAGAACAACUCGUUCAUGGUGGUGGCGCGUUUCGACCUGAAGAAGACGCGAACGGAGCUGCUGAUCGCCAUAAUCGUGCCCACGGGGCUGUUCGUCAUCAGUCUGACGACGCUGGUGAUCAUAACGCGGUCGGUGCAAGUGGGCGACGACGCCAAGAUGCGGUGCAGAUACUGCGUGGACAAGCAGGAAGUCGAAGGCGAGGACGAAGGAUUGGUGGAGGCGACACCCUCCUCAUCUCAGGGUCAGAUGAAUGAGAACGAGAUCAAAAGUAUGGCGCUUUAGCAGUUUAAGCCGCCUGGGACGAGCACCGCUCUACGAUACGAGAGGGUGCCAUUGAUCGACACCGACGAGGCUGAGGACUCGUUUUAACGGGGACGUCGAGCGUCGUUCCGUCGCGAUUAAAAUUACAGUGGAUUUGAUCGAUGCUCGAGCGAACGUUCCCGCGAACUUUACAUGCGUUGUGUGCUUCAUGCGACCGGGGGCACGCUUUGUGGAAUCGAUGGCGAACGCGUACAAUGUUACGUGUACGGAGGUAAACGUCGACCGGCGCGGUGGGAAUUAAUCGUGUUUUAUAAAAGAACGUCUUUGUACUGGUGAAAACAGUGCGGACGUGUGUGCUUUUUAGCUCGACUGUCCCGGAAGAUAAUGCAUUUCAGACACGAGUCGAACCGUCUGUGCGACCGCUUCGGCUGCAUUGCUAUGUCUACGGUGGCAACUGUAUGCUUUCUUGGAUAUGAUCGUCGGCUCCAUUUAUUGGCACACUUUUACGACAUAGUAAACUGGAAAUUACGGUGUAGCUAACUGGGAAUAUUAUGUUAAUUUUUGCAGAAAGUAAUUGCAAAUAUUCGCCUUAGGACCACUACUGUCAAGUUCAACUUCUUGGGUGACUUGAGACCUUUGAAUGUUAACUUUAUCAGGUUUAAGUUAAAUGCAUUUAAAAAGAAGAUAAUUUGUACAAAAUAGUAACACAUUAUGGUUCAUGAUAGAUACACACGAAGGAAAAUAAAAAAUGCAGUAGAACGACUACUUAAUUAAAAUAAUUAAUUAUUAUUCCAAACUAACGAACAAAAUAAUAUUCUAUACAUGAUUGAGUAAGUCAAGAUCUCAAAAGUCAUCCUAGGGUUCAAUAUCAAGGGAUGAAUUAAAAGAGACAUUCUAAAAAGACUGAUUUUUCAGUGAACGUAAUGCUUUUUAUCAGUCUUAAACGAAAUAUUAUUUAUUUUCGUUAGACUUACAAGGUUCAAGCUUUUGAAUUCCAUUCGUUAAGCUGCACUUUCAAGAGGAGCGCACAAAAACUGUGCGUGAAUGUAAAAUUCCCUGCUUUGAACAUUAAUCGUUGCAGAAAUCACUAUGUAUGAUAAAUGGAACCAGCAGAAACGUUUGGUUAGGCACAAAUACUGUUAACAAGUGCUAAGUGUCGAGUUGUUAGAGAUACGCUGAAUAGGAUGAAAUUUUAAAUGGAUCUUAGGUCGUCUUCCCAAAUGAAAAUAAUAUGAAAGUACGGCAAAAAACGAAACGUUUAAAAAUUACCCAUAUUAGGGGCCAAAGUAAUUACGUGAUUGUCUCAACGUUUGUAUACACUCUGUGUACACUUUGCAUUAUCACAGAUGCCUUGAACAUUUUCUGACUAUUUCGUACAAUAAAUUUGACAAAAUAACAUUUAAUGUUUAUACCAAACUAAUCUCAAAAGAAUCUUUAGAUCAUAACACGAUUUAUUUUCUACGAGUCUCUAUUUGUAAAGAUAAUUCUCACUUUGCCUCGAGAGGAGAAUAUUUUUAAAUCUAAGACGAAAACUUACAUUUACAAGUCGACUUACUUUUAGCAAUCAGUCUUGAAAGAAACGUAAGUCAACAAAGCAGAGAUCGAAAAAUGAUUGUCUUUUAUUCUUUUUAUUUCUGUUGAAACUUGAAACGUAUACUUCUGUUUUUUUUUUAGAAAAAUGUAUUUAUCUUCGAAAUUAUUUGAAAAAUUAUACUUGUUAAACAGGUAUCAUCACUCAUGAUAUAAGUUUCAUAAAACAAAUAAAACUUUGUAUCUACUUUGUAUCUAAUAGUUUCAUUAAAUAAUAUAUCAUCACAUUGUACACAAUAUAGAAACAAAGAGUAAAUAGAAGUCGCAAAGUGAAAAUGUAAAAGUGACUGAGAGUUCUUCGGUAUCGAUCAUGAGAAAACACGCGAAUUUUUUUAUAUUUAUUUCUCAUGAAUUUUAUUCAACCUGGAGCUUUCAAUUCCAUCAACUUUCAUUUGCCUGCUCUCAUCAGAACUCGUAACACGAGAACUUAUUUCAUAGAAGUUACGUUUGCACUGUUUUAACAGAACUUAUAGCAGAAUCUUCACAUUUCGACCUCUGCAAAGAAGACGAAGUUCUAAUAAAGUUGAUUGGAAAACUGUUUCACAGACUCGCGAUGCUGCAAGUUCAUACCAUUAAAAGAUGAUCCCACGCGUAGUACUUUUUAGGUCUAUCGAUAUCCCCAAGAACAAGAAACUGGGACAAAAAAUGGCAACCGGAUUCGCGCGAAAUCAAAACGCAUUCACUCGGCUAGUCGUUAAAAAAUUCAUUGUCUCUACUUGUGCGCGAUAAAUUCAAAGCACGAACAAAAGGUUACCGCGAUGCUUUCGAUGUACAAAGUAGAUUAGUAUAUACAUUACUGUGAAUGAUUAUAAACAUACAUAUACACAGGCGAAAAAUCGAAUUCAUUUCGGAUGAUCUCGAGUUUCGACCGUCAACGAACGUACAUUUGUCGUUUCUAACGUUUAUGGUGUUGCGAAGCGAAAUAUAAAUUAUAUAAACGAAUAGCUGAACAUUAAAUAAUAUUGAUAACAUUUCGUUUCGUGCGCUACAACUGCCUAUGUGUAAUGUUACGUACGAUAUCGCGAAAGUAACGCAACUCGAAAUCUGUCUAGAUUUAAAUUUUAGCUGGGAUAAAGUCCAGAAUUAAUAUAUUUUUUAUCAGAAGUAACGAUAACAAUACACCUGUGACUUUAUUAUUAAUUUACAAUCGUCAUUUACGAUUCAACGAGGAGAUCAUUUUUUAAUAUCUCUGAUUAAGGUUUCUUAUUUUUCGUACGUGACUUUGAGUAGAACAAGUAGAAUUUUUAAUUUUGUACAGUGUGAAGAGUUGUUCAGCUGAUAACGAUACAUCCUUGCAUCGUUCAGUGUUUCAUCUACGAUAAGUAAAGCAAGUGGCUAUAAUCGAAUACAGUGUCGUAGAUUGAUGUAAAAAUUAUGUAGCGUGGAACUUUUUUAAUUGCGUACAGGAACAGGAAUCCAAACUGUAUUAUAUAACUUUCAUAAUCACUCGUUCGUUUAAAACAAUAUUAAACUAUUUAAGGUAAAUGAGAGACAGAACAAUUAUGUUUAACAAACUUUACAUUAAUUUGAAAUCUAUAUUAAAAAUCUAAAUGUUAUUUAUAAGGAUUAACGUAUACAUUUUAGAAAUCUUCUAGAGCAUUAAACAUUCAAAAAUGUUUCAAAGAAUUAGAUUUAAAAAAAAAAUAAAAUUCAUAUUAAUGAAGAAAUUUUUGUUUUAAAUUUUUAGAAAUGUAACUUUUCUUUCGUAAAAGGUAUUUCUAUUCAAUGCAUAUGACAAAUUGUACUUUUUUUUAUUUAGAAAAUAGAUUGUUGUUCUGACUCUUUUUCUCGUAAAUAAAAUAGAUAGGCUGAUGUAAUAUACACAAAAAUAAACCAGUGUCUUUUGAACGCGUGUAAAAUGCCCUCGAACCACCAGAGUUUAUACAUUUUCAAAUUCAUCAUGCUCUAUGUGCCUUCUUCCGUUUACGCUAAAAGUCGAUAAAAUAUAAUCACUCGUGUCUUCGAAUAGCGUAACUCUUUCGCUACAAAAUAUUAAAAAUCAAAAAUAUCUUUACGAUAAAUACUGCGAAACAUGGUAGAUACUCCGAACCUUCGGUGAAACGAGACUCUUAAUUAAAAGUAAUUCUAAUUCAUAUAUACUAAAACACUUUCAGUGUGUUAAUAUGAACCACUACUAAACGGGCCAAAUUAAGAAUCAUGCAAAUUUACAAAUAUUACAAAGAAAAUGAUACUAAUUUUUGAAAGUAUUCUAUUUAAACAGCGAAAGGGUUAAGUGUGUCGGUGGUAUAAAAAAACCCAAGUUAAACAAAUCUGUACUUAUAUGAAUAAACAUAUAUUUAUGUGGUACUCGUUUAUCCUCCGAAUAUAUUUAUAACAAUAUAUGUAUGUAUGAUAUAACGCAACUUACGUGUGUCGUUUAUAAUAAAAUAAUUGUUUAACAAGAUGUGACCCUUGCUUCCUUAACUUUUUUAAUUCAUACAUUAUACAAAUUAUUAUAACAGAAAGGACAUUUUUCGAAAGAUAAACAUUUAAAAAAAAAAAACGACAUGCUUCUUCAGAGUUAUUGUAAAAAUGGAUAAAAUUUGCCACAUUGAGAAAUAUGUCCUUAGAACUUUCGAUUUCAAUGUUUAAACCGUCUCAUACGUUAAAUAGAAGAAGAGAAAAUACAAACAUAGGUCACGAAAAAAUAACCUACUUAAUGAAUCGCUUACGUACGAAUGCACGCAGAAGAUUUGAAUAAUUUUGUCGAAUAUACACAGACGUUGAAAACGGUAAUAAAACGGUUAAUUUGCAUGUUGCACGGCAGUCGACAUUUAGAAUCGCGAAUAGAAUGUGUUGAGCGUGUACUUUAGUACCGCUUGGUAUUAAUUACAUUUCUUCACGGUUGCAAACAUCUAAAUGCUUAUUUUUACGAAUAUAACUGCAUAAAACAUAUGGUGAUUCAAAAUAUAUUAUUAAUAAUACGUUGCAGAAAUACGAAUAUGGACUCUGUGGGAAUUUAUUAACGAAUUGUAAUGAAGCCAACGUUGCAAAAUUACGUUCCACGCCUGAAAUCGAAGCAUGCAUAUUAAUAAAGAUUGUUUCCCACUCUCUCCGCUCAUGCAGUCGCGUCACGCACGUUCGAGAGA